CGCACAUGACGUCGCGUUUGUGCAUACAAUAAUACACGCCAUCUUUCUUCAUGACCUCGUUUUCUUAUUUCAAUCUCAAAGGGGAAACUUUUGUGUUUCUCUACCGCCAAUUUCAUCGUCAUGGUCAUGGGAACGACUAUUUUAGACGAUGCUGCCACUCUGGCCGAGUUGGCUCAUCGAGAAUACCAGGCGGGCAGUUAUGAUCGUGCCGAACAAAUCUGUAUGCAGUUGUGGAGACAACAGCCAGAAAACACUGGAGUUCUGUUGUUGUUAUCGUCAAUACACUUUCAAUGUCGUCGAUUAGACAGAUCGGCGCAUUUUAGUACCUUAGCCAUCAAACAAAAUCCAGUUCUCGCCGAGGCGUACUCUAACUUAGGAAAUGUGUAUAAAGAAAGAGGUCAGCUGAAGGACGCCUUGGAUAACUACCGACAUGCUGUUAAGUUAAAGCCUGAUUUCAUCGAUGGAUAUAUCAAUUUAGCUGCGGCAUUAGUGGCUGCUGGAGAUUUAGAAGGAGCAGUAAAUGCGUAUGCAACAGCAUUGCAGUAUAACCCGGAUCUCUAUUGUGUACGCAGUGAUCUUGGUAACCUUUUAAAGGCUUUAGGGAGGCUAGAGGAGGCUAAGGCGUGCUACUUGAAAGCAAUAGAAACACAGCCCAGUUUUGCAGUGGCCUGGAGUAAUCUUGGCUGUGUGUUCAAUGCUCAAGGAGAAAUAUGGCUGGCUAUUCAUCACUUUGAGAAGGCUGUUCAGCUGGAUCAGAAUUUUCUUGAUGCCUACAUUAACCUAGGGAAUGUUUUAAAGGAGGCCAGAAUUUUUGAUAGAGCUGUUGCUGCAUACCUCCGAGCUUUAAACUUGAGCCCCAAUCAUGCAGUUGUCCAUGGAAACUUGGCUUGUGUGUACUAUGAACAAGGACUUAUUGAUUUAGCAGUGGACACUUACAGAAGAGCAAUUGAACUUCAACCAAACUUCCCAGAUGCCUAUUGUAACUUGGCCAAUGCCUUAAAGGAACAAGGAAAGGUAUCUGAGGCAGAAGAAUGCUAUAAUACAGCUUUGAGGCUUUGUCCUACCCAUGCAGAUUCUCUAAACAACCUUGCCAAUAUCAAAAGAGAGCAAGGCAAGAUAGAGGAGUCAGUUAGGCUGUACUGCAAAGCUCUUGAGAUCUUUCCUGAAUUUGCUGCUGCCCACUCAAAUCUUGCAAGUGUUCUACAACAACAAGGGAAGCUCCAUGAAGCUUUGCUGCAUUAUAAGGAAGCUAUCAGAAUUCAUCCUACAUUUGCUGAUGCUUAUUCCAACAUGGGAAACACAUUGAAAGAAAUGCAAGACGUCCAGGGAGCAAUCCAGUGUUACACUAGAGCCAUACAAAUAAACCCAGCCUUUGCUGAUGCGCACAGUAACUUAGCAUCAGUUCACAAGGAUUCUGGAAACAUUCCUGAAGCGAUCCAGUCAUACAGGACAGCACUAAAGUUGAAGCCAAACUUUCCUGAUGCAUACUGUAACCUGGCUCAUUGUUUACAGAUUAUCUGUGACUGGACAGAUUAUGAGUCUCGUAUGAAGAAACUUGUGUCAAUUGUAGCUGACCAGUUGGAGAACAACAGACUUCCAUCUGUGCACCCUCAUCACAGUAUGCUAUACCCACUUACACACAAAAUGAGAAGAGACAUUGCCAACAGACAUGGCAAUCUUUGUGUGGAGAAGGUUGCUCUUCUACACAAACCACCCUACUUGUAUCCAAAGUCUUUGAAGGAUAGUGGAGGUAGACUCAGAAUAGGCUACGUUUCUAGUGAUUUUGGCAACCACCCUACUUCUCACCUGAUGCAGAGUGUACCAGGAUUUCAUGACCACAGUAGGGUUGAGAUCUUCUGCUAUGCUCUCACUGCUGACGACAGCACCAGCUUUAGAAGAAAGAUUGAGGGAGAUGCAGAGCAUUUUGUUGAUCUGUCAUCCAUUGCUUGUCAUGGGGAAGCUGCUGAUCGCAUUAAUUCGGAUGGCAUUCAUGUCCUUGUCAACAUGAAUGGCUACACCAAAGGAGCCAGAAAUGAAAUCUUUGCACUUCGUCCUGCACCAGUACAGGUAAUGUGGCUGGGUUAUCCAGGAACGAGUGGUGCUCCUUAUAUGGAUUAUAUCAUCACUGAUAAAGUCACCUCACCCCUCGAAUUGGCUGAUCAGUAUUCGGAGAGGCUAGCCUACAUGCCUCAUACAUUCUUUGUUGGUGACCACAAGCAGAUGUUUCCGCACCUUAUACAGUACCUGAGAGCGUCUAGUAACCAAAUGAUUGCAGAAGUAACUAAGAAUGGCUUAGUACCAUCUCAUGCUGCGGCGGUGCUUCUCGACGAUGAGAAAAACGACCCAAACUUGGCACCAAAGGUUGGUGCAUUGAUCGAAGAAAAGAAGAGAGAAUACUCUGGAUGCAAGGACAGCGGUGAGAGGAUCCCUUCGACUGUACCUAUCAUUACGCGCUCGCAUUAUGGCCUACCUGAGGAAGCCAUUGUCUAUUGUAAUUUCAACCAAUUGUACAAGAUCGACCCGCCGACUCUACGAAGCUGGGUGAACAUCCUGAAAGAAGUGCCCAACUCUGUGCUGUGGUUGCUCAGAUUUCCUGCAGUAGGAGAACCCAACCUAAAAGCACAGGCCAUGGCGAUGGGGCUUUCCCAAGAGCGCGUAAUCUUCUCCCCAGUGGCGCCUAAAGAAGAACAUGUUCGUCGUGGUCAGCUGGCUGACGUCUGCCUGGAUACUCCUCUGUGCAAUGGUCACACGACUGGCAUGGAUGUCUUGUGGGCUGGAUGUCCCAUGGUGACGCUUCCUCUCGAAACAUUGGCAUCCCGAGUAGCUUCAUCCCAGCUUACAGCACUUGGCUGCCCAGAGCUGAUAGCAAAUAGUCGAGUAGAUUACGAAAAUAUUGCUAUACGACUUGGAAACGACGCUAACUACUUGAAGAAAGUAAAGGAUAAAGUAUGGAACGCCCGCCUUCGUAGUCCACUUUUCAAUACGAGGCAAUACGCGCGCGACCUAGAAGGUCUACUGAUCAAGAUUUGGAGAAGACACGAAAGUGGGCUUGAGGCUGAUCAUAUCGCGAUAUGAAUUGUAGGAGUUGCUUACUUUUCUCGGUUUCUUGAAGACGUACAACCUCCGCCAUCAGUCAACAGUCGUAAACUCAACGACGCCACAUUACACGGGAAUGUCAACAGGACGAACGUUUUAGAAUUGAGUUAUUUGGAUUGCCUGAUCGUCAGGAAAGAUUGAGUUAGUUUUUUUUACGAGCAAUUGUGUCGCCUAUAAGACUUGCUGCCAACGACCGUUUGGUUUUUGUUUUGGUUUGGUUUAUUUCGCUUGGCCAGCAAGGAGAAUAUGUAGAUUAAGAUUUUCUAUAAGUUAAGGUAAAGAAGUUAUAAAGCGUUUGAAGAAAUAUGUAUAUACUUAAAAUUUUCGUGAUGGUGUGCCCUUGCAUCGUCAGCAACGCUUUCAGGUUUAGAUUUAGUAUGAACAUUUUACGUGGUAAACAUAUUUGCUGAACUGUAACGAGGCGUUAUGGUGCAGUAUUUGCUGCGAAUUAUAGAGAAAGUUACAACAACCUAAGUAAUAAAUGGUUCACUGAAAUACA